GUUUUUGUUUUGCAAUUUUGAGAUUUGAUUUUUGAUUUUGUUAAAAAAAAACAUUAUUAACAAUAUAAUAAGCAAAAAAAAGUAAAAUAAAACAACAACAACAUCGAAAGAAGUUAAAUAAAUAUGAGCAAUACAAUGACCGCUCAUGAACCCAUAAACUACUUGGAUAGCAUCCUUAACGAAGAGGAGAAACGCUGUGAGUACAGUCAUCAAUGGCGUAAUUUCACCAUAUCACGUUCAGGUCGAUUUAAAUCAAAAAACAAACAUCGUAAUGCUGUCGAUGGUAAAAUGUUUGAUCAUACAGCAUCAGCAGGCACAACAUCUAAUACAUCAUCAGCUUCAGCUUCAUCAUCGGUAGCUUCAACAGCAAUGGGAACUUCAUCAGCUUAUAGUACAUCCUCUUUAGAUAAGGAUAAGAUCUCAUCACAUUAUGGUUCAUCAACAUUUGCCUCAACAAAAUCCUAUCAAAAUCAAACAGCUUCUGCAAAAUCGAUCUCAUCAUCAUCGGCCACUACAAGACAACGUGACAAAAUGGAAACCUAUAAAAGUUACUAUGAGACAAAUUUAUAAAAGCAAAAAUAAAAAAAAAUGUUCUUUAUUUUUGUUGUUAAA